AUGUCGUCAACAGGUGAAACAGAGCAAUCGACAUCUACAGGUAUUCCACCAGAACAAAUUGUAUCUGAAAUUGUACAAUUCAUUGAUCAUAAUGGUGAAAUAGUUAAAGAAGAGAAUGAUCAAAAGAAAUCAUUUUUAUCAUGUUUAUCAGAGAGAGCGGAUUUCUUAACACGUGGAUUCGAUUAUUCAGUGAUUGCAAUUCUCGGACCACAAUCGAGUGGUAAGUCGACACUGUUGAAUCUGUUGUUCAAUACAAAGUUUGCUGUGAUGGACAGUGUCAGUGGACGUAGACAAACUACACAGGGUGUCUGGAUGGGUAUCGCCAAUAUGAACUCACCAGAGACCUACUUGAUCCUCGACGUCGAAGGUACGGAUGGUCGUGAGCGUGGUGAAGACGAGAAGGCAUUCGAACGUAAAACAUCGCUAUUCUCACUGGUAUUGUCGUCGGUACUCAUCAUCAACAUGUGGGUACAUGACAUCGGUCGUUACAACGCUGCCAACAUCGCACUCCUCAAAACUGUAUUCGAAUUGAACUUACAAUUAUUCCAAAAGAAGAGUUCACAUAAAACAUUAUUGUUAUUUAUCAUUAGAGAUCACGAUGGACAAACACCUUUGGAUCAAUUAAAGACAACCUUGUUACAGGAUAUUAAUAAUGUUUGGACUGAAUUAUCAAAGCCAAAGGAAUAUGUAAAUUCAAAGGUUGCAGACUUUUUCGAUUUCGAAUUUACAUCGUUGCCACACAAGGUUUAUUGUCCAGAUCAAUUUUUGGAGCAAGCCAGUCUGUUGAGAAACAGAUUCCUCGAAGCAAACUCUGACGAUUUCAUUCCAAAGAAGCAAUAUAGACACGACAUUCCCGCCGAUGGUCUCUACCAGUACUCCAACAACGUGUGGGAGACUAUCAAGACCAACAAGGAUCUCGAUUUACCAACGCAAAAGGAGAUGUUGGCGCUCUUCAGAUGCGAUGAAUUCGUGGAGGCAUCCUACCAGCAGUUUGUCGUCGAGUUGAAGCCGAUCCGUGAGAAGAUCGAGAAGGGUCGUAUCUAUGAGGGUUUCGGUGACAAGGGUAAACAGUUGCUCCAGGCCUGUCUCGAGUCGUACGACCAACCCGCUUCUAGAUACCACGCUGACACCGCCGCCAAGAAGCGUUCCGGUCUGAGCGAUCGUGUGCUUCUCGAGCUGCGCACUCUCUUCAACAAGCAGAUGGAGAAACUCUAUGAGAAAUCGAUCGAUUUCUACAAGAACCUCGUACAGGAAACCGUUGGAACAAAGAAGACCGCAGAGAGUGGCAGUCAACUGAUUACACACUACUCGGUCUGGGCAAAGAAUGUCAAGCAAUCGACCAUCGACUACUACUCGGCCAUUGCAAAGGAUUCCGUCGUGCCAGACGCCAACUGGGACUACUCACAGGACUUACAGGAACUCGAAGAGAAGAUCACCAACGAACUCGAGACCCUGAAGGAGAACCAACUCAACAAACUCGCCAAAUUCAUGAGAGAUAUUGUAUUCCAACAGAUCGGUCAGCCACUCGUAAAGAUCACCGAGCAAGCUAGAGACGACAUGUGGAAGAGAAUCGCCGAGUUACUCUCUGAUGCAUUGUCAAAGAAUGAAAUUGAUUAUAGAAAGAGACUUCAAGAUUUCGAUGUUAAGGAAGAAACUAUUGAAGAUACAAUCAAGACUUUCAGAUCGAAUGCACGUGAUCAAUUGAGACAAAAGAUGAAAGAGAGAUCUGAAUUCUUGCCAUUGAGAAUGAGAAAGAGAUUCGAAGAGUGUUUCUCACUUGAUGACAAGAAAUUACCAAGAAAAUGGUCUAAACACGAUGAUAUUGGUACCAUUUUUGAAGAAGCAAGAUUUAAUGCAGAGAAAUUGAUCGAUUUGUUUUCAUAUAUGAGAUUAAAUGAAGAUGAAUACGAAUUUACAUUCUUUACUUACGAUGAAGCCUCAGGAUCACAAGGUUCUUCGUCACAGAGCGGCUCAUCCUCGAAAUCAUUCGUACCAUCGGCUGUAAUCAUCGAUCCAGAAAAUAUUAUUUUAUCGUACGAACAAGGUGUAACACUUGUCGACAAGUUUAGAUUGGAUACCAAGACCGACUAUAUGAAUGCAUUGAAUGAAAUUUCAAGAAGUGCAAGUACCGGUGGAGUACCAGGUUACAUGAUUUUGUUACUUUGUGUCUUGGGAUUCAAUGAAUUUAUGGCUAUCCUAAUGAAUCCACUCUAUUUGAUAAUGGCAAUCCUCAUCGGAACCGGUGCGUUUGUAUUACAUAAACUUCAUUUGAGCGCACCAUUUAUCGAUAUGGCCAGUCGUUUGUUAGUAGAUGUUAUGAACAAAAUUAAAGAUGUUGUAUUACAAGUAGAGCACCUCUCAACUCAUCACCCAGAUUCACGUGACUCCAUAAAGAAAAAGAAUGACUAA